AUGAUGCUGACCAAAUGUCCCUUUAAGCUGAUAAAAGAAGACAAUAAAGGCUUUAAUUACUACAAGCCAGGAGACUACCUGAUCACUGGAAUAACUUCUAAAAUAUUUUCUGUACUUUACCCUUAUGAUUUCUCCAAGUGGCCGAUCUACAGAUUGAAAAGUAUGGAGACAAGCUUUUUCCACAUCCUGCCCUUCUUCUUUGCUGUUCAUGAGAUCAACCAGAAUCCUUGGCUCUUACCCAACAUCACCCUGGGAUGCAGCAUCUAUCAGACCUUUUUCAAUGCAAGGAUAACAUAUGAGGCCAUGAUGGACUUGCUGUCUACAGGGCAAGAGAAUGUCCCAAACUACAGAUGUGGAAGACAAAAAAACCUGCUGGCAGUUCUUGAAGAAAUGGAUUCUGAACUCUUUGACCAUAUUUCUGCUUUCUUGGGCCUCUACAAAAUUCCACAGCUUCAUCAACUCAUGAGAAACUUCCAGCUUCACAAUAUUUCUAGGGAUGGGGUUUAUUUGGAUGAAAAUGGAGUUCCUGCUGCUAACUUUGAUAUCAUUCAUUGGACAGUUUUUCCCAACAAGUCAACUGCUGGGGUGAAAGUUGGAAGUGCAGAAAGAGACGUCCUCUCUGAAGUCAAGGUCUUCAUCAACCAGAGUGCCAUCCAAUGGCCAACAUCAUUUAACAAGACGAUGCCUUCUUCUAGAUGUUCAGAAAGUUGUUAUCCAGGACAUGCCAAGCUCUUGAGAGAGGGAGCACUAGUUUGCUGCUAUGACUGUUCUCUGUGUAUGGAAGGAACAUUCUCUGUGCAUGAAGAUGCAACCCAUUGUGAGAAGUGUCCAGAUGAUCAGCAUUCCAAUAAGAAGCGAAAUCAAUGUAUCUCCAAAGUUAUAACUUUCCUGUCCUAUAAAGAAAUAUUGGGUCUCAUCCUGGGUCUCUUUGCCAUUGCCUUAUCUGUAACUACUGCCUUUGUUCUGGGAAUUUUCAUUAAAUACCGAGAAACUCCAAUAGUCAAAGCCAACAACCGGGACCUCACCUACAUUCUUCUGAUCUCCCUCCUACUUUCAUUCUUGACCUCCCUUCUAUUCAUUGGUGGCCCCAACACAGUGACCUGUCUUCUUCGACAAAUUAGUUUUAGUGUUGUUUUCUCUGUUGCCGUGUCUUCCUUACUGGCCAAGACUAUCAUGGUGGUGGUGUCAUUUCUGGCCACAAAACCAGGUAGCACAAUGAGGAAAUGGCUGGGGAAAAGUCUGGCAAACUCCAUCGUCUUGUCCUGCUCUGGUAUGCAAGUGGGCAUCUGUAUCAUAUGGCUGGGAAUUUCUCCCCCAUUCCCAGAUUCUGACCUGCACUCCCAACCAGGAUAUAUCUUGAUGCAAUGCAAUGAAGGCUCAGUUGCCAUGUUUUACACUGUGCUUAGCUACAUGGGAUUUCUGGCUGUCAUCUGCUUCUUGGUGGCUUUCCUGGCCCGCAAGUUGCCAGGGACCUUCAAUGAAGCCAAGUGGAUCACCUUCAGCAUGCUGGUUUUCUGCAGCGUUUGGAUCUCCUUUGUCCCCACCUACUUGAGCACCAAAGGAAAAUACAUGGUGGCUGUGCAGAUCUUCUCCAUCCUGGCCUCCAGCCUGGGCUUACUGGGCUGCAUCUUUAUCCCCAAAUGCUUCAUUAUUAUCCUGAGACCUGACAUGAACACCAAGGACCAUCUAAUGAUGAAAAACUAG